AUGAGUAAUAAUCACCACCAAAAUCCAUACUACAACAAUAAUUCUUCUGGUGGUUCGGGUCGUCCUCCACAUCACCAUCAUCCACAACAACAACAACAGCAACAAUAUGGCUAUGUAGGAGCUCAAGGAGGCAAUAAUUAUUACUACAAUCCAAAUCCUCCACCACCACAACAGCAUGUUCGUGAUUUUGAGCAAGCUUACGGAGGCCAUUAUACACCACCUGCUGCAAGACCUUCACCCCAGAUGGGUCAUUAUGGAAAUGUAAAUAAUCAUCCUCCUCCACCUCAACAAUAUGGUGGUUAUUAUGCUCCUCCACGGGAUAAUCAAUAUUCUAGUAGGGAUAAUAAUCAAUAUUAUCAACAACCAUCGAGUAAUAGUUAUAGUAAUAGAUCCUAUCAUGAUAAUUAUUCACGUUCAUCAGAUAGAAAUGAUAGGAAUGAUAGAAACGAUAAUAGAAAGAGACGUGAUUACGACAAUAGAAAUGAUAAUAGAAAUGAAAAUAGAAAUGAUUAUAGACCACGUAAUGAUCGUAAUGAUCGUUCUAAUAGUAAUAAUUAUGAUAGAUCAAAGAAUAGAAAAUACAAUAACAACAACCAAUCAUCAUAUAACAAGGCCAUUCCUCAAGGAUUAGAUUCCAACACUUUAAAUAUUAAAGCUCAUGAUGACAAGGUUCCUCUCAGAAAUAAUAUUCCGAUUUGGAAUUUUUCUCAUCAAUAUACUGACACGGAUAUGAAAUCUAAUGGUGAUGAGCAACGUAAACGAUUCUUUGAAACAGCUGAGAAGGAAGGUACCAGUAAUGCUCCUUUUGCAUCCUUUAUUGAAUAUCAUAGAUUCAAAAAAAUCAAAGAGUUGAGAAAUCUCUAUGAGGAUGAUGUGAAAGAAUUACUUUUUGGUUUGGAAGCACCUAAAGAAUCUCUGAAUAGAUGGCUCUUUGAACAAUUAUCCUCUGUUAACAAUCAACUAGUUGAUGAAAAUGGAACAGCAGUUGUGGAAAAGCAAUCAACACAUGAUUCACUCUUAAAGAGACCUGAAUUUGCCAUUGAAAGUCCUGUUUUAAAGGCAGAAAUCUAUUCUGAAAUUCCAAGUAGACUCAGAUGCAGAGGAAUUGCUCAAGCCUCAAAAUCUCUUGACAGCUAUUAUAUGAAUGGAUUGGAUUGGUUACAAAAAAUCAAGAGGUUCUUUGCAGAAUUAGAUACAACAAAUGAUACUGGAAGAGAAAUUUGUGAAAAGAUUGGACAAGAAUUGAAAGAAUUGAAAGAAUUUUUGGAUCAAAAUUCUAGGCAUAAAUUUGACUUGGCAACCCUUGAGCAAAAGCAAAAGGACUUGACAAGCAAUUGUACAUCACUCUUCAAGGAUGCCCUUAAGGAACGAGUAGAUGAGGUUUGUGCUCGUCUCGUUGAACAUUCCAAGAAGAUUACACAAGAAUUGGAUGAACUCAUCUCAACUAGGAAACCACUCUCUGAAAGUGAAUGGUUAAUUAAAUUAGAAUAUAUUGAGAAUGAUUCUGAACCACUCUGUAUAGUAGAAUUGUAUAGUGAAGGAACUGUUGUUGAUUCAUUUAAAUUGAACUUGGUACAUUUUAACAAGUUGAGAUUGCUCUAUCAAAAGCACAAUCAAGAAAUUGAUCCAGAUUUAAAGAUUUUCCCAUAUAGACUCUAUGCAUUAUUGAGAAGAUAUCAAACCUUUUUUGGUGAUUCUGAGAGUGAAGAAGGUGCAAAUUUCCAUGCAGCUUUACCUGAGAAGGGAUUUGAAUUUCUCUAUAAGGAAUUCAAUGUUUGUCACGAAUGCUUUGCUUCCCCAAUUAAUUGUUACUUUAGCUCAUUUUGCAGUGCUUUCCCUGAUACGGAUGUUUAUUUUGGAUCGAGAGGAUCAUUCUUUGAAUUUAGACCUACUCAAGGUUUCUUUGAAUGUGGACCUCCAUAUACACUGGAAGUCAUGAACAAGACUGCAGAAUACUGCUUACAAUUAUUGAAAGCCUCAGACGAACCUCUUUCUUUUGCAGUAUUCGUACCAGAGUGGACUGAUACAGAGUAUGGCAGAAUGCUUCAUCCAGAUUCGACACCACUCUGUACGGGUCACUUAUUAGCCGAGCAAGGAAAACACGAAUAUGUCAUUGGUAUGCAACACUUUAAAGAGAAUGAGAAACGUUAUUGGACUCUGCCAUUCCCAACUCAUGUCUACUUUUUACAAAAUGAAAAGGGAAAGGAAAAAUGGCCAAUUACACCUCAACUCAUUGAAAGAUACAAGAAGGUUAUGGAAAUUAGUCAAUAAAAUUUUGGAUGAGUUUGAA